AUAGAGAAAUGAAACGUAAAUAUGUGCAAUAAAGCUUUAUAAAUUUAACAAUUGCGAAAUUCGUGUAACAGCUGUUGCCAAUGAUGGUAUUGCCACACUUUAAUUGAUUACAUUUUUAAACGUUGAUUUUUGUACAUUUCGUUUUCGUACAAUUGUGAGAAUAUUCAUUAGAAGUAAAUGAGUUUAAAUAUUUUGUAUGAUUGCAAUUUACUAAAUGUUUUGCUCCGUUGCUAUAUAUUGCAAAUAUAUAACUUUUCACAUUUUUUCACUUCAUCAAUAUCUGCCCCUUCCAUUUUCUUUUUGAAUUUCACCUUAAAAUUUAGAUGAGCGCAAACGCUUUGAAGGAAUAGGAUGUAAGUGAAACAUGUUAAAUAUUAGGAAGACAAUGAACUUCAAAGUGAGCAAAGCCAAAAAAAGUAAACAUAACAACAGUAGCAAGGUGUAAAAUAUACAUACUUAUAUCUUAAAAUAUACCUUUGACAAGCACACACAUGCAGAUAAAUACGCUGAUAAACAUUCAUUCAAUGUUAUAACGUGUUUGGACGUGGUCAAGUCAGAGUACAAGACUUUGGUGGAAGUGGCCAGAGAAACUCAUCGGUAGUAGUUACAAUUCCUGCCCAUACUUUAAUGACCACAACUUCUAUACCAACAACUGCCAUGAAUAUACACGUAAACGCCAACACUUUGAAGUACAUCAGUUUAAUAACGCUAACAUUGCAAAAUGCAAUACUUGGACUUAGUAUGCGAUAUGCACGCACACGACAGGGUGAUAUUUUCAUCAGUUCUACAGCCGUGCUUAUGUCGGAGAUAGUUAAACUAGUCACCUGCUUGGUUUUGGUAUUCAAUGAAGAGGGUAAAGACGCACAGAAAUUUGUACAUACGCUGCACAAAACUAUUAUUGCAAAUCCUGUGGAUACACUCAAAGUAUGCGUUCCUUCACUAGUUUAUAUUGUGCAAAAUAAUUUACUAUAUGUGUCCGCUUCACAUUUGGAUGCGGCCACUUAUCAAGUGACCUAUCAACUUAAGAUACUUACGACCGCCAUGUUUGCCGUAUUCAUACUGCGACGCCGCCUUAUCAACACACAGUGGGGUGCAUUAUUGUUGCUAAUUGUUGGCGUUGUAAUGGUGCAGUUAGCGCAAACCGUGGAUGAUAGUGCAGGAAGUGCACCAUCAACUGGACCGGAGCAAAAUCGAAUGCUCGGAUUGUGGGCAGCACUUGGAGCUUGUUUUCUGUCUGGUUUCGCUGGGAUAUACUUUGAAAAAAUCCUUAAAGGCGCCGAUAUAUCCGUAUGGAUGCGUAACGUACAACUAAGUUUGCUCAGCAUACCAUUUGGUAUGCUGACUUGCUUCAUUAACGAUGGACAUCAAAUCGCAAGCGCCGGUUUCUUCCAUGGUUAUGACUUGUUCAUUUGGUAUUUAAUACUCCUACAGGCGGGUGGCGGACUUAUAGUAGCAGUCGUGGUAAAAUAUGCUGAUAACAUAUUAAAAGGAUUUGCUACCUCCUUAGCUAUAGUCGUUUCAUGUGUAGCAUCUAUUUAUUUAUUCGACUUCAACUUGACUAUACGUUUUGCAAUUGGUGCGGGAUUGGUUAUUGCUUCUAUAUUUUUGUAUGGUUACGAUCCCACUAAGUCAACCGGUAACUCAAAGCAGACAACAAUGAAUGCAGCACAAAAGAACCCAGCACAAUUAGAGGAUGAGGAACAACUUUUGCCCAGAGUUUAAAUAUUUCGAUGUUUAAAACUAAAAUUAAUUUAGCAAUUGAUUCACAGUAUUCGAAAUGUAAUUUAAUGUUUAAACGAUUAAACGUCAGUUAUACAACUUAAGUCAUUUAUAAAGGAAACUGACUGCGAACUUAAAAAUGUUUUUAGUUAGUUAUUCAUAUUGAACGCAAUUUACUUAAUCUCAAAAAACUACAAUAUUUAGUUGUAAGCAUAUGCAUUUAUGCCUAUAUAGAAAAUAUAAAAUAUAUUUAAACGCCCAAGAGAGUUUUCAUUAUGUAGGAAUUGCACAUAAAACAAAACGUUUGUUGUUUGAAAUUCUUUUAAAAUAGAAUGGGUUCUCAUAUUUUACAUUAUUUGCCAAUAAAUAACUCUAAAUGUUACGUACCGGAUUAAUUGAAA